AUGAAGGUCGACAUCGAUGGGUUGGAGGUGGUCUUCCCGUACGAGCGCAUGUACUCGGAGCAGCUGCAGUACAUGCGCGAGCUGAAGCGUGCUCUGGAUGCACAGGGUCACUGUAUGCUGGAGAUGCCCACGGGUACAGGCAAGACGGUGUCUCUGCUGUCCUUAGUCUUAGCGUACAAGGCCGCCCAUCCUACUGCAGGAAAGCUCGUUUACUGCACCCGCACCGUCCCAGAGAUGGCCAAAUGUGUGGAGGAGAUCAAGAAGCUCAUCAAAUAUCGAGAACACUACUACGGGGACAAGGCGCAAGUCACAGCGGUGUGUCUAAGCUCCAGGCGCAAUAUGUGCGUCCACCCACGUGUCAUGGCGCAUGCUGACGGUGAAGACGUGGACGGCCAAUGCCGGAAAAUGACAGCGUCGUGGGUCGAAACGUGCUCGUUCUACGAGAACUACGACGCCAGGAAGAGCAACGACACCGUUCUACCACCUGGGGUCUACUCUGUAGACGACUUAAAGGAGCUGGGCGUCAAGAAAGGGUGGUGUCCUUAUUUCCUAACGAGAUAUGUCGUCACCUUUGCCGAUGUGGUAGUAUACAACUACCAAUACAUGCUGGAUCCGAAGGUCAGUCAACUGGUAUCCAGGAGUUUCGAGAAGGAGAGUAUCGUGGUGUUCGACGAGGCCCAUAAUAUCGACAAUGUGUGCAUUGAAGCGCUAAGCGUCGACUUAGAUCGACGUUCUCUAGAUAGAGCAUCCCGUAAUUUGACGACGCUAUCGGGUCAAGUGAACAAGUUGAAACAAGCCGACAAGUCCAGACUAGAUGCAGAGUACCGACGUCUAGUGGAAGGAUUACGGUCCAGUAACGCUGUCGUGGCUCCUAGUUACACGGAUCCAGCCACGAACCAAGCUAUCGACACUAGUAACGACAUCAUGAUCGCCAACCCAGUUCUCCCCGACGACGUGUUGGAUGAAGCCAUCCCGGGCAACAUUCGUCGUGCCGAGCACUUUGUGGCCUUUAUGCGUCGACUUAUCGAGUAUCUGCGUCAACGUAUCCGAGUGCGUCAAGUGGAAUCCGAGACACCGCAAGCUUUCCUUCACCACUUGCAUCAAGCUAUCAAUAUGGAGAUUAAACCCAUGAAGUUCUGCUACACAAGACUCAAUUCGUUGCUACGGACGCUGGAAGUAACGAAUUUAGAGGAGUAUAACUCGCUUACGGAUGUCGCUGACUUCGCGACGCUAGUGGCGACAUAUGCCGAGGGAUUCAUGCUCAUUAUCGAGCCAUUCGACAGCGCUUCAGGCGUACACGACCCGGUGUUACAGCUCUCGUGUUUAGACGCUUCGUUGGCGAUUCGACCGGUGUUUGAACGCUUCUCCAGCGUCGUUAUCACGUCGGGGACACUCUCUCCUAUCGACUUGUACCCGAGGCUACUGAAUUUUAACCCUGUGAUCCGCGAAUCGCUGCCCAUGUCAGUGUAUCGCUCGAGUAUUUGUCCAUUGGUGAUCACUCGUGGCAGCGACCAGAUGCCCGUGAGCACCAAGUUCGACUUACGUGACGAUCUGUCCGUGGUCCGUAACUACGGCACGUUACUGUUAGAAAUGGCGGCGUGUACUCCAGACGGUAUGGUGUGUUUCUUCCCGUCGUAUCUCUACAUGGAGAAGAUUAUCGGCCAGUGGGACUCGCUCGGUGUGCUCAAGCGUGUACUGAGCAGUAAGCUUCUCUUUAUUGAGACCAAGGACAUCGUGGAGACGACGCUGGCGUUGGAUAACUACAAGAAGGCCUGUGAUUGCGGCAGAGGAGCCAUCUUCUUCUCUGUUGCACGUGGUAAAGUGGCAGAAGGGAUCGAUUUCGACCGCCAUUACGGACGUGCAGUGAUUCUAUUCGGGAUCCCGUUCCAGUACACGCUAUCCAAUACGUUACGGGCUCGGUUAGAGUAUCUGCGCUAUACGCACCAGAUCCGAGAAGGCGAUUUCCUAACGUUUGACGCGCUACGUCAAGCUGCGCAAUGUGCUGGCCGAGUGCUUCGUAGCAAGACCGAUUACGGACUUGUUAUCUUCGCUGACUCGCGUUACAACCGUGCGGAUAAGCGCACGAAGUUGCCGCCUUGGAUCUUGCAGUUCCUCGUGAACUCGCACCUCAACUUGUCGGUGGAUAUGGCGGUGUUUAUGGCCAAGAAGUACCUGUCGUUGAUGGCGCAGCCUGUGGACGAGUCCACGAGCGUCAACUCGAUCCUGCUAGAUGCCGAUGGAGUUGCCAAGUGGCUUGGUAAACACCCUAAGGAAGACGAGAGCAUGCAGUAA